AUGUUUAAUAGGCAAGCACUAAGUAAUGCACUUAAUGCAUCUCGUAUUUUAGCUAGUAGAGCAGCUGCUACAGACUUGGGAAAAACUGCUGUAGAUGCAGCAAAUGAUUCUUUGUUUCAUCCACAUGAAUCUUAUUUAGAAAUUGAAGGAAGACUUGUAAAAGCAGAUGGAACUGCAUAUGCAGAUACAGAUGCAAUAACACUAACACACAAUGGACUUAUGCAUUUAUUUGAGAGAAUUGAAUAUAGGUUCUAUGAUUCAGUCGUUGAAUCAGUUAAUUAUCCAGGUAUAGCAACUACAAUGCUUGGAAUGUUAAAAUAUCCAAAUGACUUUCAACAAUCAAAAGCAAUGAAUCAAUUGUGGUUUAAAGAUAAUAUAGCAACAGCAAAUUUACAUGAACUUUUUCUUCUAAGAAGAAAUGAUGAUAAUGCAAUUUUUAAAGCUGCUGGUAUAGCUGCAGGAAAAGUAAAUAUUACUAGAAUAUCAUUAAUGAUGAGACGUGCAACUCCAUCUGAUGUAGCAAAUUUACAACUUGUUAAAAUAAUUAAAUCACAAGAAACACUUGAUAUGGGAUUUAGAUCGAGGUUCUUAGAUAGAACUAAUGUUCCACAAAAUACAACAUUUGACUGGAGAUUAGGAUUAAGAACAACUGAAAAACCAAGAUAUAUACUUCUUAAUGAAGAAAGAUAUCCUGCUACUAAUUAUAGCUUAUCAUUUCCAAAUAUGAAAAUUACUAGAGCAUAUAGACAUGCAUCCAAUUUUGCUGAAGAUUAUUAUAAUAUGUCUAAUCUUAUUAGUCUAUGCAGUAUCACUCCUUUAGAUUAUAGAGAUUUAUAUCCUAUUAUGUAUUUUGAUGUAAGUAAGCAAUCAGAAAGAAUGAAAGAUUCAACAGUAGAUAUUAGACUUAAAGCAGAAUUUAAUACACCUGUUCCAGCAAAUACUAUAAUAUUUGCUCUCAUCAUUUCAGAUAGAAUAGCAAAAUUUACUUCUAAUGGAGAUAGAUUAAGAUUUGAAUAUUAA